GUGGGACGGUUGCAGGUUACGAGGGGGGGACCGUUGGUUAUGGUGCAGGUUGAGAAUGAGUAUGGUUCGUAUGGCACCGAUCAUGGGUACACACGUGCGUUGAGGGAUGUUUUGAGGGGGGUUUUCGAGGUCCCGUUGUAUACUAAUGAUGGAGGCGUCGAGUGGACGCUUGCGGGCGGGGAGGUGCCGGGUGUGCUCGCGGCGAUUGAUGGGGACCCCAGGUCUGGGUUUGCGGCGAGGGAUCGGUAUAUCACGGAUCAGUCGGAGCUCGGGCCGUUGCUCGAUGGGGAGUACUACACCACUGGCCCGGACUUCUGGGGGUCGGCGAAUACGCAUACUACGGCGGUGGGCAACCCGUCGCUGAUCCGUCAGUAUGUCGAGGAUCUCGACUUCGUGCUCGGUGCGGGUAGUUCUAUCAGCUUGUAUAUGUUUCAUGGAGGCAGUAAUUUUGGGUUUAGCAAUGGUGCGAUUUGGAAGAAUUAUACGGCUGCUUUUAUUACGAGCUAUGAUUACGGCGCACCCUUGGAUGAGAGCGGACGCACGACGGAGUUGUACGAUGUUUUGAGGGAUGCGAUUGCGAAGUAUGUCCCUGAGGGAAGCAUACCGGAGCCACCGGCGAAUGUGCCACUGGCCGAGAUUCAAAAUUUUACGUUAACGCCGGUGGGUGCGCUGUUUGAUGUGGAUAUUCUUGGGGAGAAGACGGCGAGAGAGGCGCCGGUUACGAUGGAGGAGUUGGACCAGGCUUAUGGGUUGGUUCUCUACGAGCAUAUGGUUACUACGACACUGCAAGGGGUUUUGCAGCCAGGGGAUAGGGCCAGGGAUCGCGUUAUUGUGUAUGUGAAUGGCACGAAAAAGGGUGUCAUUGAUAGCACGUACGCGAAGCCGGCAGAAGUUAGUUUGUCAUUACAGCCGGGCGAUGUGCUGCGGCUACUAGUUGAGAAUCUUGGUCGCGUCGACUACUGGUCGAGGGAAUCUGGCACAUUCAUCGCGCUCGAGGACCCAUAUAAGGGUAUUGUAGGGAAUGUCACGGUUGGUUCGCAAGUUGUUUCUGGGUGGGAUAUCUACUCGCUGCCACUUGAUGCGCCUCCUGCCUCUCAAGAGAUCAGGCCUGAGUCUAAAGCAUUAGCGAUAGCAGCGGAAUCGCCACCUGUCUUCUUCAGCGGCACGUUUCGCGUUGACGGCGGGAAUGCAUCUGACCCCAUGACACUAGACACGUUUCUAUCCGUCCCAGAUGGUGUCAAGGGAAACGUCUGGGUGAAUGGGUUCAACUUGGGUCGGUAUUGGAUUGUAGGACCGCAGCAGUCGUUGUACCUCCCGGGGACCGUGAUUAAGGCCGACGAGGAGAAUGAGAUUGUCGUGCUCGAGCUUGAGCCGAAUGCGGACUCCUUGACGGCUUUUGGGGCGGCCGAGAGGACUUGGGCGAAUCAUCCGGAUCCUGACUACCCCUGAGUUUAAGGCGUUUCGAUGUUUUCGGUCGCGUGGAAGCAUUUCGGGGCUACUCUUUCGCGGAGUUAGAAUAGAAAUAACUAUAUCGAGAUCUCGAAUUCCCUCACCUUAAGAAUGAGUAUUGCGUUUUACUGUUCUGUUAGUUACGCCGUUCGGCGUCUCGUGGCUGAUACUCCCUGCAUGAGCCUGAAAAUACUUUUCAUCGA